AUGAGAAGUAAACAAGAUUUUGUUAAUAUUAGACACCAAAAACACAAUAAAACAGAAAAUCCAAAUCAAAUUGUAGACAAUGAAAGUUUAUCUAACGAUAAUAAUAAAAACAAUAAUGAAAUUUUCAUAACUGAAGAUAAUGAAAUUUUUGUACCUGAAGACAGUGAAAUUUUUACAACUGAAAAUAAUAAUAAAAAUAUUAAUGGAUUAAAUUCAAUAAAAAUCAUAGGAAUUCUUAAAAAAGAAAUACAAGUUGAACCACAUGUUAUCGAUAUCAUUAAUAUUUUUAAAGGAUAUAAAGUCAACAGCAAUGAUAAAUUAUCAGAAUCAAAUAUAAUGAAUCUUUCUCCGAAUAGUGAAUUUGUGAAACAAAUUCCAUUAGAAAUUUAUGAAAGAUUUAUUGGAUUAUUCGAAAAUUAUAAUAAACUAAUUCUUGAUGAAACACGUAAUUUUUUAGUGGAUUUUUUUCUCAGUGGUAAAAUUACAUCACCAAACUAUGUAAAUCGUCAAAAAGGUGAUGGAAUAGAAUUUGCAACAAAUUCAUCUAAAUAUCAAAUUGUGUAUGUUGAAGGAACUCGUCCAUACAAAGUUGAUGAUAAGAAAGUGAUAGAGAAUCAAAACAAAAUUGGAAAAAAUCUUAAAAAUUUAUAUUCAGAGAUUAUAAAAGAAAGAAUGACAACCAGAAAAGUAAUAAUGCCUGAUAUGGAGGUAUUCGGUGUAUCCAGUGUGAGAUGUAAUAUACAUAUGUAUGUUUUUAGAUUUUUUGGUGAAUAUUACCUUCGAGAAGUAGAUAAUGCAUCAGUUUCUCGGGAUUAUACAGAGAUGGAAGAAUUUAUAUAUUUUUAUGAAGUGAUUCUUAAGUGGGCUAUUAUAAUCAAUAGAUGUUUAAAAAAAUUAAGUGACAAAUCAUUAAAGAAACGUUCUUCACGCUUAUCCUACGCACUGAAUGUGAGAAACCUUGAUGAUUUACCAUAA